AUGAAUUCCGGGGUGUGCUCCUUUAAUGAGUUUCAUCUUCUCAAUCUGGAUCAACGGAUUUUGAAGGCAAUUAAUGAACUAAGAUGGGAAAAGCCUACAGACAUUCAACAAGCAAUUAUACCCCUUAUUUUUGAGGGAAAAAGCAUCGUUGUUCAAGCUAAAACCGGCUCCGGUAAAACCGCUGCAUAUGCGAUCCCUAUUAUACACGAGCUACUUCAGGAAAAACAGCUCAAUGUACAACUGUUCUUGUUCUCGCCCCUACGAAAGAGCUUUGUAGCCAGGCGACUAAAAACUUCCGUGCAAUUUGCAAGUACUCCUCAAAUUCUAUAUAUUUCACCGACUUGUCGCAGCAUACAGAUGUGGAC